AUGGCAGGACAAAAAGUAGUCGAUCCAGACACAAAAUACAUUAAGCUGCAAGUUGUGGGGGGAGAGGCACCCGGAGCAACGCUUGCUCAAAGAGUCGGUCCACUUGGGCUAUCGUCGAAGGUGGUUGGUGAGGACAUAAGGAAAGCCACUGCAGACUAUAAGAGCUUGAAAGUUCAUGUGGAGCUUGCAAUAAAGGACAGAAAGGCGACGGUUGAGGUUCAGCCUAGCGUUGCAACUUUGAUAAUCAAAGCUUUGAAGGAGCCCCCAAGGGACAGAAAGAAAGAAAAGAACAUUCUCCACAAUGGAAGUCUCAAGAUGACUGAGGUAGUUGAAAUAGCAAGGAUUGCCCGAUCGAGCAGAUCCUAUUCUAAGACUCUUGCAGGAACGGUGAAGGAGGUCCUUGGCACAUGCAAGUCCAUUGGAUGUAAAGUUGAUGGAAAAUGUCCUAAGGAAGUUACUCGCGAGAUUGAUAGUGGAGAUAUCAGGUUGCCCGAUCAAUAA